AUGGUAAGUACCCCUGAGUAUCUUCAGCGAGAUUUGAAGGUGAUUAUUGCCGGGCCAGAUCGAGCCUUGUUAGACUACGCCUCCGUUCUUGCCCUGGGGUCGGCGCCGUCUAGGAAUGUUCAAAACAUCAAGGUCUGGCUACAGGAGAAUCCCGGGGCGAUUGUCAAGCGGGAGGCGAGCUUUAUCGAGCAUCAAUACGAACUGGUGGCCAUUACGCCCUCGAAAUCGCCUCUUCGCCGGUGGUUUGAGGCCUACGUCCUGUUCCCGACCCGCAAGUCCUUGGCUUGGUUUCGAAAGACGCCCCAUCCGAGUUUACGCCCAGAAGCCCACCUCGACGUCCACCUCACGAGUAAUGAUGCCAUCGACGUCUUUGCGGCGGCAACCAUCUUCCUGGCUGUUGCCGUGAUGCUGAUAAUGCCCCUGUGGAUCUUGCAGGCCCUAACACAGUUAAAAUGGAAGCUAGUGGUUAUCACUGUGUUCAUCGUCGUAUGCCUUGCUUUUCUCAGUGUGGCAGCGGUGGGAAAUUCGUUGGGGAGAAUCGGGGCCACGGCUGGGUAA